CUGGUUGAAGAUUAACACAAAACUUCACGGGGAGGUAUCAAGGAGCAGAUAUGGCUGUAGGCAUGUUUUCUUUGGUAUUUUGUGCCAUGCUAUGCAUUGCCCAUAUUUCGCCCGCCGUGACGUUUGACAAAUUGUCAGACCUUCAGAUCGCCACCCAUGAAAAAUACCAGUUUACAUGUGGUGAUAAGGGUUUGUCUCUCGGAAGGGUCAGCAAAGAACAGGAACAGCAGAAUAUUAUCUCACUAAUAGACUGUCUGGGUAACAAUGGAAUUAAAAAGAUUGUACCAACCAUGAAUCAGGAAAAAGUUAAUAGAUUCAAUUCGGUGUUACGACAGAUGAAAACAGGGCAUUGGCGACUGAAGAGGCAGGUUUCCAAUGAAGCACAGCCCCGGAGAGAAGUGAGAAUGCUUUCACCUGCGGAAUGGGACCUUCUCAACGCGCGCUUCAAUAAAUUGAGGGAGAGUGGGUUCUACAAGACUAUCGUCGAUUUCUUUUCGGACGAGAGUAUAGCUGGAACUAACGGAGGGCCUGCUUUCCUUGGCUGGCACAAAGUCGUCCUGUUAUGGUUGGAAUUUUAUCUGCACGUUCCCAUCCCCUACUGGGACUGUACUCUGGAUUUCCAUAUAACUGACCCAACCAAGUCCAUAUUGUGGACGAAGCAAUUUUUCGGAAACGGAGAAGGAACGGUUAGAGUCGGAGGGUUUAUGAAUUUCACUGAACCAGACGGAACUCCCAUAACGAGGCGUAUUGGCCAGGCCGGUUCGUUAAUUGCGCGUGAAAACGUCGACUCGUUAAUGAGUAGAAAAAGUAACCAUGACCUGGUAUAUACGACCAAUAUAGCUCUGGAGGAGUAUCACAAUGGCGUCCAGACCUGGGUUGGUGGCACUAUGUCCGACCUCCUAACCGCUCCCUCCGACCCUAUCUACUUCUUCCAUCAGUGCUACAUAGAUAAGUUGUGGGAAGAUAUUCGUCAAACCAUGCAGAACCCAGAGAAAUACCCCUACGAUCCAAAAGUCACCAACCCACUGCAGGACCCAGAAAAGAUUCUGGCAAAGUUUCCAUUCGACAGUCGGUUCCCGUUAGUGAACAGUGACUCUUACACCAGGCAUGUGUCUGUACGUGCUUAUUACAAUACCUCACCUGCACAGGCCACACGGCCUUUUGAGUGCAACAAUCCGGCUUGGAAGCGAAGAAGUGUUCUAAUGUGGGACACGGAUCGAGAGUACUGUGUGACCGGACAAGGCCGAGAGGAGGAUUUCCAUGUCAUUCCAGACUACCAAACUAGUGCAAGGAUCGUCGCAAAGGUAUUUAAUUCACCAAUGAACUUCCCACUUGACUCGCCAUUGAAUUCUCCAUUACCUAAAAAACCGAAGAUUAAAUACGUAGCACCAUUAAAGGAUAUCCGAGCCAUAUAUAGAGCUGGAAAAUCCGUGAAGAAAAUCAAGGAAGCACCGAAAAUGAUUUCUACUGUGUUGGAGGCACUUUCAGAUCGGCUUAAAACGAACGAAAUCAAGACAGUUAACACCAUCGUACCAACUCCAUUCUCCAAUUCACCACAGUCAGCCAUUAACCCUGUGAGACGAAACAGUCAAAUGCUUGCCAAGCAGGCCAUGGCAUUUGGACAGAGACCUCGAGUUGUUAAAACCAUGCUUCCGCCGCCAACACGUCACCAACAGAAAGCCUUCCACUCACCUGUUCCACAAUCUACAUCUGCAUUGUCAAGUCUUGUUUUCAAACUUUUCCAGUCGCCAACUUCGAGUCAAAGCUAUUCCUCAGUCCGUUCACCUGUUGUAAAUUCACAAUCUUUUCAUACAUUCACGCCCACCAUUUCAAGACCCAAAGUGUCACAGACAAUCGGUGUGCUAGAAUCAUUACUAAGCCGUCUUAGAACAUUACCCCAUUAAGUCGAUCUUACACUACCCAUAAUUAUAACUCUAUGAUAUAAAACAAUAUUUUCUAUGCAGUGUGUGCUUAUAUAUAUAUCUAUGCCUGGUUUCCCAUUGUUUUGUAACAGACACGACUGUCCCUCUAAUUUACUACUUUCCCUAUACCGAUGUGUGAUUAAUUGUUUGUCACAGAAAAUGUUUGGUGCUAAAUUUGUUCCCGUCUUUGUAUUCAUUUGAACCGUAUUAAUAUUGUUAAAAAAAUAAUAAAAUAUAUUCUGUA